UCCGCACUGGUUGCCACGGCAACCCCACGCUCUUGGCGGAGCCGGCGCGCGCCGCGGGGCUCAGCCACUACAGGAAGUGACGUAUUUCACCUGCCGUGCAAGGGUGGGGUGGGACGGGGGUGCGGAGGUGCAGCCGCCGCCAGCCAGUCGGGAGCGCGCAAGGCGCAGGGUGACUGAGACCCCGGGUGAGAGCCGCCUACCUUCAGUCACCGCCCACGGCCGGGCCGCCACCAUGGCGCUUCUGCUGCGAUUCGUCGUCUUGUGGGGAGUCGCGGAUUUCACCAGAAGUUUAAGUAUCACUACUCCUGAUCAGAUGAUUGAAAAGGCCAAAGGGGAAACUGCUUAUUUGCCCUGCAAAUUUACCCUUAGUCCAGAAGACCAGGGACCACUGGACAUCGAGUGGCUGUUAUCACCGGCUGAUAAUCAGAAGGUGGAUCAAGUGAUUAUUUUAUAUUCUGGAGACAAAAUUUAUGAUGACUACUAUCAAGAUCUGAAAGGACGAGUGCAUUUUACAAGUAAUGAUCUCAAAUCUGGCGAUGCAUCAAUAAAUGUAACAAAUUUACAGUUGUCAGAUAUUGGCACAUAUCAGUGCAAAGUGAAAAAAGCUCCUGGUGUUGGAAAUAAGAAGAUUCAGCUGACAGUUCUUGUUAAGCCUUCAGGUACAAGAUGUUAUGUUGAUGGAUCAGAAGAAAUUGGAAGUGACUUUAAACUAAAAUGUGAACCAAAAGAAGGUUCACUUCCAUUACAAUACCAAUGGCAAAAAUUGUCCAACUCACAGAAACUGCCCGCCUCAUUGUUAGCAGAAAUGACUUCACCUGUUAUAUCUGUAAAAAAUGCCACCACUGAGUACUCUGGGACAUACAGCUGUACGGUCACAAACAGAGUAGGCUCUGAUCAGUGCCUGCUGCGCCUGGAUGUCGUUCCUCCUUCAAACAGAGCUGGGACAAUUGCAGGAGCUGUUGUAGGGAUUUUGCUUGCUCUCGUGCUCAUUGGCUUUAUCGUCUUUUGCUGUCGUAAAAAGCGCAGAGAAGAAAAAUAUGAAAAGGAAGUUCAUCAUGAUAUCAGGGAAGACGUGCCUCCUCCAAAGAGCCGCACAUCCACUGCCAGAAGCUACAUCGGCAGCAAUCACUCAUCCCUGGGAUCCAUGUCUCCUUCCAACAUGGAAGGAUAUUCCAAGACUCAGUAUAACCAAGUACCAAGUGAAGACUUUGAACGCACUCCUCAGAGUCCGACUCUCCCACCUGCCAAGGUAGCGGCCCCUAAUCUAAGUAGGAUGGGAGCAGUGCCUGUGAUGAUUCCAGCACAGAGCAAGGAUGGGUCUAUAGUAUAGAGCCUCUGUGCUUUCAUCUAGGCUUUCCAUCUCUCUUUCCUUCUCUUCAGAUAGGGAAGCCAGUUCCGUUUUAAAUUCUGCUACCAGCCUCAAAAUAGAUCAAAAAGAAGUUAACUGGAAACUGAGAGUUAUACUUUAAAAAGUUUUGUUUGGGGAAAAAAAAAUAAUAAAAGUUAUGUUUGGUUAUUGAAAUAGUAAAGGCAUUGAAGUCACUAAAGACAUUCACCAUCUGAAAAAAAAUUUCCUUUAGGAGAUUGAUUUGAUAAGAUUUCUAAAUAUUAAUACUUAAAAUAUAGCACUUUGAAUAUGAAAUCAUAGGUGAAGAAAUUGGUGAACUUACAUGCACUCUGAGUUGAUACUUGAAUCAUCUGAAAGUGGUACUUACUUUUUUCUACCAUUAUUUUUAGAUUGCUUUUCUCAAUUUGUGAUCAGAUAGUUCCCUCCAAGUUGAUAAAGAAAUAUUCAUGGCAGAAAUAUUUAUGAUACACUUAUGUUUGUUCUUUUUAUAGCUUCUUAGAAAAGUCAUUUAAAUAUGAGUUUGAAAUCCUUCUAAUAACAUAGAAAACAGUACAGUAUUCUAGAAAUUGCUACUUUUACUUCAGAAUCAUUCAUAAACCUUGUCUAUGAAAUGAUUUCUUAACUAUUUAGUUGAUAGACUGCUAUAGGCAACAGGGACGCAGUAAGCUCUUUUAUAUGCUAAAAUAAUGGAGCAUCUCUCUGAUUUGUUUAGAAAAUUUGCUGUCAGCUACAUACAGCAAUGACACUAGUUAGGGGUGCAAUAGUGAGUAUGGGUUUUGUUGAGGAGUAAUCCGAAGGCCUUGAGGCCUAUGAUGGUCUUCAGAACAAUGACCAGCCAGAAACAGGAUGGAAUAUUUUGCAGUUCCAACUAAAUACUAGCCCUGGACAAGAUAUUUUUCUAACAAAAAUUAUGGCUCAUGUAUUAACAGUUUGAAAUUCCCUAAUUAUGGGUUCCAAAUUUAAAAGCAUUUUUUACCUGGUUGGUUCAGUGUGGUUGUUUUUGGUGGGGGCGUGGGGGGUGAACUUUGUGGUUGGUAUUGCAUAUUAUGUGUUCUAGAAACAUGUAAUCCUAAAUUUACCCACUUGAAUUUAGUCCCCGGAGGAUAUUUUCUUUCUAGACUCAGAAGAUGAAAUAAUUUUAAGCUAGUAAGUGUCCUCCAUCAGUUCUGUAUUUCAGACUUGGGAGGGUGCAUAGCUGCUCUUGUGUGGCCAACAUGUCUGUGUAGUUGCAGAAAAUGAAGGUGAGCUUUGAAAAGAAUGAGCCUUAGUUUUGUGAAAGUGAUUUAUUCUUAAUAAAAAGCAAGAAAUGAAAGGAAAAGGAGUAAAAGGUAUACUCUUAACUGCCAAAUGUGUUAAAUACUGUGGUAGUAGAAGAAAGUGAAUUUCUUGUAUUUCCCUUAAGAUUGUGAGGGAGUGUGGAUAUAGUCAAAUGAGCCAACAGUUUUCUUUUAUAGUAAAUAAGGUUUGCAAUAAAUAUUUCACUAGCUCUAAAACCUUUUCCCUAGAUUUUGGUAGGGAGUUGGUUUCUGUAGAUCUCUUUGGGUGCUGUGGUGGUAAAUGCUACAUUAUAAAUUAAUGUUGGUAUGAAUUUGAGAUUAGGCAGAAUACGGUGUAUACUUUAUAAUUAAUGGUGAACUUAAGCUGAAUGUCUGUGUAAUGGAUUAGUGUAUAGUUUUAUAUAUUUGGAAGCAUUUUUUUUAGGUAGGUUUUUAACCCUACAUAAUAUUGCUUUUAUACUUGUGUUAACAUUUUCAUCUGUGCCUUUGGGUAAUUUAAUUUUUAUUAUGAAUUUCUGGUGCCUAUGAGCUAGCUAUCACCUGAAAGGUGCUUAGAGGUGAAGGUACUGUUCCUAAAAAACACAUCACUGUGACACGUUUCUCUUUUCAUACUUUGAAUCUUGCCUCCUCUUCUCUAUUCUUUUUGGGUGCAGCUUAACUGUGUUAUUCAUAAAGAUUUUAAAACUUCAACACCCCCAACACUCUUUGUGUUUAUGGUUUUAUAACAGUAGCUAUUUUUGAAUGCCAGAUGUCUGGCCUGUUUUAUAUGACAAAACUUAUAAGAUAGUAUAAGAAUAAAUAACAUCACAAAGUUCAAUUAAUAAAAAAAAAAAAAAAUCUGGUCCUUCCUGUUACCAGUUUUCAUACAGUGUCAGUCAGUCUAAGUAGGAGUUACCAUAAUAGGUGGACAUGUAAGACUUUCUAGUGUAGGAUUUGGCUAUAAGUAAAGUCCAUACCACCUACAACCUGAGAAUGGAGCUUGUAAAAACAUCAGUUGCGUGACCUGAAAAUGAAAAGACUUGCCGGGUGUGAUUAAAUUUCAACGACAGAAUUCAGUUUGAGACUUAGUUCUCCAGCUGCUCUCAUUGUAAAUUUCAGUCUAAUCCAAAAGUCGGAUGGCACUGAUAACUUCCCAGAUAAUUCUCAGUGAUAAUUCAGUUGAACUAGAGAUCGGGUAUUUGUUCUUUACUAUUGGUAAUCACCAAGCAGUUCAGCCAAAAACUGUAAUUCGUGCGUUUCCAUCAGAAAGCCAGUGUCCGUCAAGAUGGGCACUGCAUCUGUGAAGACAAACAGGUUGAUUCUACUGUACCCUUGAAAGACUGGACACCAUCUUUUUCAGUUUCAUUUGAAUCAUUUGAAAAGAAACGAAAGUGUAGAGUAUGAGUUCUGUGCUUUAAAUAUGUAGUUUACUGGUUUUCUUUUUCUUUUUGGCAAUCUUAGCAGUAUUCCUGUUAGAGAACCCCCACAAUUUCUUACUGAAGACACUGACCAGUUAUUCCAGGCGAAUAACUUCCUUUAAAUUUGGGCUAUUUACCAUGGAGUUGUUACAAUGGAAACAGAGCCUGAGUAUGUCUGGGGGGGUUAAAUGAAGAAAUGCAGUUAGAUUAUGGAUAUGAAGAAAUAGUUGACUUUUGUUAAAAAUCAUUUUUAAGAUUGAGUUCUGGAAGUUUGGAGCAAGUGAAGGGGCAAGUAAACGUGAUUAAAUAUAAAAAGAACUUGCUGCAUGAAGUUGGAUAUCAAAUUCUAUAAUGUAUGACUUCUUAAAAUAACUGUUUUGUCUUUUUGUGUGCGUGUGGCAUGUAAAUUUGAAGUUCUAUGAAUGUUUAAAGUUUUUUUUUUCUAAUCUCUUCAAUUUCCACAGUGUUUAGGGCUGUCAGAUGCCUUAUUCCAGUGUGAACAGAAAAAAAAAAAUUUAUGUGGUUAAUGCUUUGAUGUAAGGAGUAGUUGUAGAAAAUGUUGGCACAAUUUUAACUUUUUAGUGGCUUGUGACAUUAUAUAUAUAUAUAUAUGUACAUAUAUCUUUAUAAUAGCCAUGUGUUUAGUAGUAUAAAUGUUCUGGGCAAGUUUUAAUAUUUCAAAUGCCUUUAGACUUGGAAUAGAGGCAACACAUUCUGCAGUUGGAUUUUUUAUUCAUUUGCCUGUUUUGACACUAAAAAAGGUCUAUAACUGAGCACAAAUUCUACAGUGUUACAGAAGCAGGGAAAAAUAAUAAAUUUGUGAAUUGUGGUUCUGUUUAACUUAUAGAUAUCAGCAAAUAUUUUGCUUCAUCUAAUCUCAUAUUAAAGUUACUAAAAUUAUUAUUUAAAAUUAUUUAAAAUCAAGUUUAAAAAAUACCUUAUUUUGUAAUUUUAAAAGUGUGAUGAUGUCCGUUGGAUUUGGCUUUGGUCACGAACACCAAAAGCUCCAAUCAGAGAACUCUGUUUUCUGCUAAUUUAUUCAAUGGGAAGUGUUAAGAGAACCACAAUUUAUUCACUUACUCUCAUUCCUAACUGUGAACUUUUGUGAUAAAUACACCUGUACUACUGAUAAAAAAUAUUUUGACACUUCACAUAUGCAAGUAGAGAAUUGAUAAGUGUCAGUUUCAAAAGUGAUUUUGUAUUUAAAGUUUCUGGCUUAAGUAUCCAAUGGUGCAGAUUUUGAAAUUUGUAAGAACAAAAUUUGUUUUUAAAAAAACAAAAACUUGCUCUAGUUUUGUGACCUUGUGUACUUUUGAAAUAAAAUGAAGAAAGCA